CCGUCGUUAUCAUAUCAGUCGUGUUUUAUCCUACAAGGGAGAUAGGACGUCGAGUUUGUUUGUGAAACAUCACAACCGCUAUCACUGCAAAACCUCGUUAAUCUAGAUAGUCGAGUAUUACUACUCUUUUGGACUCUUCUCCACAUUUUUUUUUCAUUAAAUAGAAUCUACUUUCGAUACAGUUUUGCUCCCAGUUGCCACACUGUUUUGAUUUUUAUAGAUGUCCAGUUUUUCGGCGAAUUUCUCGAUUCAUGGAACAGAGUGCUAGCGUUUGGGCAAGCUCGGUCGAAGCUGGACCCGUCAAGCCCGCCUUACCUGAUCAUUCAACACCAACCAAAAAGUCUUAUUCAGAUAAUAACAAUAAUAACAACAAUAACAACAAAGUGAUUGAACGACGUCGAAGCGAAGUGGACAUUGAUAGCCAUCGUGAAGUGAUCAUCGACAGCGGGAGAAUAGCUAGAGACGAUAAGUGCGACGAAAGCAACUUUGAUAGUGAAUACAAAGAGAGAGUCGAAGAGGAGAACGAGAGUCUUGGGAGUGGAGACAGCCAGGACAGACCAGAUAUCCACGCUCCUGUAGUUUCUGAGUCCAUCAAGAACGAGCCGUUGUCACCCGUUCAACAGACCUCAUUCGCUAGUGGAGAGGCAAACCGGGAGUUCUGGGUGAAACACGAAGCGAAGCGUGGUAUACCUCACCAAGUCGGUGUAGGCCAUCACCAACUCGAACACAACAGCAUCCUACUCCCGGGCAAAGAAGACGUUGAAGUGUUCUUCAGUAAUCUUGAUAAGAACCCUGCUACAGGACUGCCCCAUCAGCAGUAUCUUUAUCCCCAGUAUCAUCUGACAAGUGAAUCCCAAAUGUAUCAAAGUUCGGGUAGUAUCUCCCUGCAGAGUGCCAUGCCGCCGACCGUCUCUCCGGGUGGCAUGCCGACAUCUCAGCAGCACGGUUACGAGGCCUCGCCUACCUCCUACAUUCAUUCGCAAUCGAGCCCGGUCUAUGUACCCACAACCCGACCAUCGUUCUCCGGGAUGCCCCAUCCUGCACAGUUUAUUCAGCAUAUUCCAUCGGUGAGCAGCCCGAAUCACCAGAACCAGAGCGUCAUCAUGCAGGCGAACGCUCACGCUGCCGCAGCCGUGUGGAGCCCGCAGUCGGAUGGAAGUGGUGGUGGCGGCGGCGGUGGAGUUGUCGGAGGGGACAGCCAUCAUCGAGGAUAUUCCUUCCCCGCCAGUCCGGCGUUAACCACGGCCAACAGUCCGUUGUCCGGGCGACACCCUGGUUCGACGCCCAAUGGUCUGACUGGCUACUCCCCUUAUGCCGAUCCGUGGUCGAGCUUGGAUGGGUCGAUGUUGCAUUCGAGUAUGGGCCGGGGUGCAGGAGGAAACUUCGGCGGACGGAGACCAACAGAAGCAGAAGCUCAGAUGAUGAAGAAUAUGGAAGGAUAUACAGCCGUCUGGCCUAAUGAAUAUGGACUGGGUCGUGAGUGCGUGAACUGCGGCGCCAUCUCUACCCCAUUGUGGCGCCGUGAUGGUACGGGUCACUACCUGUGUAAUGCAUGCGGCCUCUAUCAUAAGAUGAAUGGGUACAACCGACCUCUCAUCAAAAACCCAAGAAGACUGCAGUCUGGCUCAAGACGAGAGGGAAUCACAUGUGCUAACUGCCACACCAGCACUACAACAUUAUGGCGUAGGAAUAAAGACGGUGAACCGGUUUGCAAUGCUUGUGGAUUGUACUUCAAAUUACACGGUGUAAACCGCCCUCUAGCGAUGAAAAAGGAUGGUAUUCAGACACGAAAGAGGAAGCCAAAGAACCCUAACAAAGGAAGCCAACAGAACAAUGCACGCAACGGAGGCGGGCAGUCAUCACCAAACGAUGUUAACAUCAAGGCAUCGUCACCCACCGGCAAGCAAUCCUCACCACUGCCUACUUCCACUCCAUACACCAGUCACCCGAUCAAAGUGGAACCUCAGUACCGUGUUGGCCUAUCCCCUCCUCCAGCGAUCAGCAACCCUGUGACGUCCUACAUCCCUGGAUUGGUACACCACAGCGGGCCCAUCUCAACAGCCCAAUCCCUCCAUCACCCGCACCACCACCCUGGCUCCUACGCUGCUCAUCUUGGAGCCCCACCGACACAUCUCUCCCACGGUCUCGGUAGCAACAGCGAGCAGACCCUGCACCUCACCCACCAACCCGGACAAACCAUCCUCCUGCACAACGGACCCGUCAACUCCGCCAUCAACCCUCUAAACCUCAGCGCCAAUACUAAUGGUGGCGCCGUGACCCACCACGCCGGAAGUCCCGGGGAGAUGCCCGGUAAUGAUUCAACAUCCCCUCACCAUGUGUUGUUCAGCGGUGUCAACCCUUCUCCGCCGUCCGCCGUUGCAGUACCGGUCUCCGUUAGCAAAGCAGAAUCGGAAUGAGAUGUAUCAAUCUGUAUACCCUGCAAUAUCGUGUAAAGAAAGAAAAAUCAUCAUCAUUUUGACUUCGCUUUACCUCCUCGCCAGAUUUCAUGUAUGCGGCGAUUCUAAAGAUUGUUAUAUCAUUGUAUAUAAUAAUUUCAUUAUCCACAAAGCGUCAAUGAAACUCAUAGAUGAUUGCGGAUAUUCCUUCCAGCAAAAUAUUGAGAAAGUUGCCUGUCAGAAUCAUACAGCAAGGAUGAAUACUGAUUGCUUGACAUUGAUCACUAGAACUUGAAAAAGAGAUUCUUGCAAGGUUCGAAUCAUGUGACAAACUUGACAGAGACAAGAAUGAUCGAGAUUGAAAGUGAUUGCCUUGUUACCACAACGAGACCCACAACGGCGAUCUCUUCCGAUUUCUCGCAAGGUUUCAAGUAUUUCGAAACACCAGGACAACACCGUAGUCACCAAGUUGGCAAGUACUUCUUGAAUUCGUACUUGGCUUGCUCACCUGUCUCAGUCACUUAAGCACCUAUAGCCUUGAUAGUUAAGCUGUGACCAUGCAACAAAUGUUACCUUUUUUCGGAACUCGUGUGAUGAAAGAUGAUCUAUGAGUGACAACAUAUUAUUUUCGUCAGUGUGACAAUAUUCAAUAGCUGCAAUGAAUAAGCAGCAUCGCUGGUCAUUUCAAUUCUUGUUCAUUGAUGAUGAUGAUGAUGAUGAUGAGAAUGACAGACGAACACUUUGAUGAAUUUGGUGUUGGAUAUAUAAGGAUAUAUAUUACAACGCCAACCAUUGUACAUUCAUUAAUAACAUCAUCAGUAACACAUUUAAAAAGUCUAGGGGAUCAGCUCCCGUUUUCUUUUUUUUUAUUUGAACUUAAACAAGAACAAUUAUUUUCUCGCAGCCUACUUGAUGAUGGAAAGAAAUGGUUUACACUUUUGAUACAGUGAAGUAAUCUCACACAGCAUGCCAGGGAGUCUUAUUCACACUGGGUCGGUGUCAUAUUAACACGUGUCGGUGUGGUUCUCCGAUUGACACUGUGAGUGCUAUAUUUAGCACCCAUAGUGCUAUCACCUCUCUAGUUGAAGUGAACUAUGUUGAUGGCGUAAUGUUUAACUGCUUAAUAAAUAUACGUAUAUAGACGUUUUUUUUUCUUUAAAAGUGAUAAAUAAUAAUUCACUUAAGCUAUUAAGAUCUACCGGAUCACCUGUAUCUAAAUGGCAUCAUUGAGUAUUGUUGCCAUAUUUGUAAAAUAGAUUUCUGUAAGUAAUUUUAUUGGAUAUUCUCUCUCCGAGAAAUGGUUGUACUCUUUGAUGUCACAGAAUACAUAUCGCUUUUGAAGAGUAGAAUAUUAGAAGAUCUUCAUUAUUUACGUGCUAGCUUAUGAAUCAUAACAUUGUAAAAAUAACUAUACAUGUAUAAUACAGUUUUUAUCACACGUGGCAUACAAGGCAUCAAUUUGCGAAGAAGAUGACAAUAAAAGAUAAGUUGUAACUUAACAUUAAUCUUGCCAGGUGACUUAUAAUUACAUUGCCAGAAUAUCCACUUUUGCCAAAAUUAUAUGAAUAAAUACUUGCCUAUAAUUAGCAGUUGACAGCAAGUGCGGGCGAAAUGAUCAGUUAUAGCCGUCCGUCUAUUGGUUCAUCAUGUCAAACGAUCUUGCUUGGUAUGUUUAUUGAAUGAGACGUUCAGAUAAAAUUCGUCAUUUGUUUGUUUUAUUUCCGUAUAUAAAAUAACAAAUACAAAGUACAUGAUACAUACAAAUACACAUAACAUAAAAUGAUAUUAAGGUCAAGGUUGAAAUACAGUAAUAAAAGGAAGAACGGAAGAAAAUGAAUUAUACGGCUGGUAGUCCAUAUUCUGCUGCAAUAUUGCAUAGCUGCUGGUCUUCCAUGGAGCCAGUUUACUUGCAAAGAGUCUAGGAUUACCGCAAUUUUAAAGAAGUUGACCAUCAAACAUAAAAGUAAAAAAAAAUUCUGUUUGAUGUCGAUUUUUUUUAAUCAUCAGACCUAUCAUAAUUAAUCAUUCCUUAGGGUUCUUUUUUGGUUAUUUUCUUAUAAUAAUCCUAUAUAUAACUGUCACUUUCUUUUGAACGAGCGAGUAGUUUUUGCCACCUUAUUUGCUCUCGAUAGCUUCUGACUUUCUUCUUUCCACAUUUUCGUUGUAUUCUUUAAGAAACUGGCAUUUGAUAUUAUGUAAUAAUCAAGUUUUCGUCUCCCUCAUUUUACCACUGUAUGUUAUUGAGUGAUGGUAACAUCUUGUAAAUAGUUUUGAUAUGACGUCACAUGAUGAAUAUUGUUCCUGUAACCUCAAUGUGUGUUGGUAAAUGUUAUUCCCCCAAUAAGGAUACGUCUUUGUCCUCUAAGAUAUGUUUUUUUUCUUCAUUUGUAGAUUCCCAAGUGAAUAUUUUAGAAGUAGUUUGUAGAUGGCUCCUAAAAUCAUAUAGGCAAUUACGUGUGGUAAAUGAUAAACAAUGAUUAUACAUACCUAUCAAAUUAUAUAUUUUUUCAGUUAUUACGCAUGCUUGAAAGUGACAAUCAUUUCAUUUAAAAGAAAUUUGGGAUAUCUUCACAUUGUAUUAAGUUAUUGUUAAAUGCUCCAAUGCCCGAGAUAAUAAAAAAAAAUGAGAUGAACGUGAUGAAAAAAAAUCAUUUUAUCGCACACUUUUUGAAAAAUGUAUAUUUGUACUCAAUUAGUAAAAACGAGAAUAUAUUAAAAAUUUACACAAAACAUUUAUCACUCAAUUAGUAAAAGAUUAAUGCAGGCCGCCAGGAUGAACAUUUGAAUGGUUUUAUUUAAAGGCCCUCUAUUGUAUAUGCAUUUUAUAUUGUGGCGAUCUUGCUAGUGUAUAUUAUUGAAAAAGUCCAUAUGAAAACCAAAGACUAGUGAUCAUCACUUUGUGUGUACUAUAUAUGAAUAGAACCAGAAAUAUGUAAAGUACUUGAUUGUUAUUCCGUUUAGUGUGAAGAGAUAAUUAUCUUGAUGUUAUUUAUUAAUCGAUGUAUCAUUUGAGAAGAAUAAAUUACAUGAACCAUAAGAAAUCUUAA